GUCAAACUACAAUCUAAUGACAACCAGCAACAAAUAAAAAGAAAAAGGAAAAGAAGCAACAAAGCAUACGAGACGAUCUAGUGUUGCGAAUGCUUAAAGUGGUAAAUUUAAGGGCCGACAAGUAUUUCAAAUGGUUCGCAAUGGACCCUUGACGAUCUGCAAACAUUGCCCUAUACAGCGGUGCAGUGAAUUGAGCAGUUUUUUAUAUCAAAAGUGACGUGGUGGCACCGUGCACCAGCGCACAGCACGACAGCAGCUCGUACGGUUCCAGCUCAGACCUGUUGUAUCUUGUUUGCAACCGAAGUGGGCAACACUGAUGCAAGGGAAAAAUCGCACCUUCCGUGUUGUAAAAGGUUAAGAUAAACGGAACAUUCACUUGUGCCAAACUAAAGCAACUACGGACACAUUGUGCCAAACCGGAAAGCGCACCGGAAAGUUGUGAAUCUACACGGGGGGUUGUUUACCUUGCCAGCCGGUAGCCCCACCAGAACCAAGGUGCUAGGUGCCAGAUGUAGUCGAGUGGUGUGGGACAUCACAGAUCGCUUGGAAGAAAAUGCAUCCCAGCCAAUGGAAGAGCCAGCAGCAUCCCCAGCAUGUUUGAUGCGUCGUUAGGAGCAAAAUUGCUGUUGGAUGAACGCGAAACCGUGUGAACACUGUAGCGCCGAGUAGAUAGAAUUACGCGUAGUUGUUAUUGUUAUUGACGUUCCGUUUCGAAGCGGCUUUCAUCGGAAAUCCCGAGACGGCCGGGGGAUCGCUUAUGCACACUUACAUAGUUCGACUAGCACUAUGGGCAGCUGUUUAACAUGCUUUCGUACGCCACCAAAUGCCAAUGUGGCCACCGCCGCCGGUAUUCCGACGAACACUGGCGGUACGGCACACGAUUCCGCCCUAACGUACACGGAGAUGGACAUCAUAGGUCAUGACGAUCUUCUGCCCGUGAGUGCGGCCGGACACUAUAUGGGCCACGGAGAUAAACGCAGUGGAGGUAGUUUCAAAAAGCCGUCGGUUGGCGGAAUGCUUAAUGGUAACAUUACAUCGACGAUGGUUGGCAGCGGCCCGAUCGGCAGUGUCGGUGGAAUGAUCGGGUCGACCGGUGGCGGGUUGAUGGUUGAGAAUAUGAACAACAAUGGAGCGGGCAGCAAGGAGCUGAGCGGCGUUGGCAUCGGUGGACCACAGGUGCUGCUGUCGGACAACGAUCUGAACAAACUGUUCGAAAACUACAAGGACGCACAGGAGGACGCCAUACUGUCGGAGGGGAUCGAACGAUUGUGCGGCGAUCUCGGCUACAAACCGGACGACUUUGCAAUCCUCGUGCUGGCGUGGCGCCUAGACGCGGGACAAAUGUGUCAGUUCACAAAAGCCGAGUUCAUCCAGGGCCUACAGCGUAUGAAUGCGGCCAGCAUCGAGGACAUUCGGGCUCGACUGCAGCAAAUCGUGGAACGGCUACGGACGGACGGCUCGGAGGACUUCAAAUCGCUGUACCGAUUUACGUUUCGCUUCGGGCUGGAACCGGGCCACCGGAUACUUUCGCUCGACAUGGCGAUCAGCCUGUGGCGACUGGUGUUCACCGUGCAUACGCCUGACAUACUGCAGCGCUGGCUAGACUUUCUCGAGCAGCACCAGAACAUCCGGGGCGUCCCGAAGGACACCUGGAACAUGUUUCUGAACUUUGUGGAAACCUGUGAUAUCGAAAACUACGAUGACACGGAGGCGUGGCCAAGCCUCUUCGACGACUUUGUCGAGUACGAGCAGGAACGCACGGGGCAGCUUGCAAAAGUGAAGGACGACAGUGGCGGAGAACCGCCCCCGGACCCGUCCGGCUACAAUGGUUCAUAGUAUUUCGCUAGGUAACACCCACUUAUCACACCGCUCCAUUCUUUUCUCCUCUAGGCCAGCAUACCCCGGUUGGUCUUUUGUGUUUGUAUGGUUGAAGCGAACAAAAGUUCAGCUAUACUUGCAACGUACCACGUACCACUUCGCUGUUACGUUACGAACUGCUGAAGCCCGUGUUCGGGCUGGUUCUGGCUGAUUAAGCAUGCACAGAAUAGAAUCAUGCGAGAUGUACGCGUGUGACAUCUACAUCCUGCCGUUGUUUUAGCAAAACCCCAUUUGUUUUUAGUCAAAGGUCGCGAAUGUCUUCACAUUUCUUGUCGUUUUAUUAUAUCAUAGUUCUUUAUUCUUAUUUAUUGAAUUCACCAUCUUUUAACCAAGGAGCAGCUCCGAGGCAUUUACCGGGUAGAGGUGGCCGAUGAUUUUGAGCCGAAAGUUGACCACCACGUGGCCUUCAUUUGUUCAGGCAAUUUCAUUUAUUUGGUCCGUAUUAGUUGGUCGUUUUGUAUUUACGCGUUUUGGGCUACGUUUUUCUGCUAAAACCCCGUAAUAUGCGUUUAGUCAGCCCGCUGCUCAGCUAAGAUCGAAGUAUGUGAAGUAUAUGUUAUCGGUUUUAGUAAACGUAUUCUGCAGCAAGCUGGCAAAACAAACACUAACAUUAGCAGAAGUUGGAACGUUUGUUGUUGAAAUGAUGUCUCGUUGUGUACCAGUUUUGAGGUAAAAGCGAUGCGACUUUCGCUUGCGAAAUGCUACUGCAGCUGCGUGUGUGUGUGGCGAUUGCGUGUUUGUGUGAUUGCAACCAAAUUAAUAGCAAAAAAACCUGGCAGCGCCCUAGCCUAGAUAGAUAGUUGUGAAGCAAGCAAGAAGUCUGUAAAAAAAGAUCACACACUUAGCGGAAUCAAGAUGAAACACAGAACAAUUCUAGAGACAAAUAUUUAUGUAGAAAGCAUGAUACAAUAUGGUGAAGUAGAAGGCUGUAGCGCAUUAACCGCCGUACGGCGAGAAGUACUGAGUAUAUAGGCAAAUGGCGAAACAACCCCCCAGCUAAACUAGAGACUAACGCGAGCGCACGCGGGGCAGCACUUUAGCAGACAAAAUUAAACGAAGCAAAAAGGAUAGACGGACGACGCGAUGGAAGAUCAAUGUGAUUAAUUCGUACUACUGUAGUGCACGGAUUUAUUUUUCCGUUUUUCAAGCGUGCUAUCAAGUAAGCAAACUAGGUAUAGCAAAUGCAAACAAACAAACAAACAAACAAACAAUGCUGCUUCGAAACGUUCGAAUUGCAAUAUAAAGGGGAGAUUGCGAGCCUAAAGCAGGAGCAGCAGGAGUUUUCCACGGUCGAACGCUACGACGCCUACGAUACACUGCAACAACACUGACGAUAAAGCUGGCGAAAUCGUAGACAGACAUCGGAAUCGGCAGAUAUCAAAAGCAUAGUGUAAUUAUCGCAUUAACUUUAAACGGUUUUGAAAUAAAGGAAACAAGCCUAUCUCUA